UUCCUUUCGAUGUAAACAAUCAAAUCACAUCGUCUAAUUUCCUCUUUGGAAACAUUCUAGUCCAUCAAAUUUUAACAGAAAUACAAAUCCAAAGCCAAGCCAUGACGAUGAAACAACACACAUUUAAACGCUGAAAGAGGUUCAGACAAAGAGGUUCGAAGUGCGAUUUAGUACAAUUGGUCGUGUGUUUCAGCGAUAAUAAAUUGACAAGCCGUUCGAUACGCAAUGGACAACUUGGACAAUAUAAAUAAUUUGUGUCGGGUAUGCCUGACGAGCAGACCACAGCCAGAAAUGUUGUCUGUAAAUCGGUCUCAAAUGGAAAAGCUUUCGUUCAUUGGAGACUCCAACAAGAUGAUACGGUUCAAUGGCCAAUCUCCAAUGCUUUGUAUAGAAUGUGGAGGUGGUCUUGACUCCGUCUACGAUUUCAUCAUGAGAUUGCGGACCAACACAUUGGCAGUGAAACAGCGGGAAGCGACAAGAUGUGAUGAGUCUCCACACCAUUUCAUUAAGUGUGAGAAGGUUGAGCCAUCACAAUCGCAUGAAUUAAUACUGUCGUACGAGUCAACUGUACAAAAUGCCGUAGUUGAGUGCAAGACCGAACCAAAAUUGGAAAUUCUGCGGCGUGAAACGAUAGUUCCGUUUGACUCAACCGUCGUGAUACAUUGCCCAAUCGAACCGGAUUUUACAGAGUGCGAAAGUUUGCGACUUCAGCUAGAAUCGAAUCACAAAGUGAAAUCUGAACCAGAUGAUGAGCUGAGUGAUUCAUUUUCAUCGACGGAAUCUGUCAGUGAUUGGAGCUCUCCUUUCACAUCGAGGCCGAAGAAAAUGCUGCGUCGGUCAGCAGAGUCAGUCGACUAUUCGAAGCAGAAGCAUCACUCGGGAGAUGUUUCUAGCGGUUCAUUGCCGUUGAUUAAACCGAAAACAGUUGACGAGUUGAACUCGUCUUUGAUAUCGAAGAAAUGGUUGGAUGGUUCGGAUGGUUCGGUGGAGAAUCAGAAUCCUCAGUUGAGAGAUACUUUUAGCGGCUCAUUGCCAUUGAUUAAACUGAAGACCACCGGCGAGUUGAAAUCAAAGAAAAAGCGGAGCCGUACAGCAGAGUCAAUUGACGCUGCGAACAAGUGUAAAUUAUGCAAUCGGAACUUCAGUUCAGCAUCCAAAAUGUUGAAUCACGUAGACGAAUAUUCCGGGCCAGGGUUUGCAUGCCCCGCUACAAAAUGCAAUUUCAUUUUCACGCACGAAUCUAAUUUCGAGAAGCACAUUAAGAGCCACUCAGAUGUCAACUCAUACUCUUGCGGACCGUUUGCUGGACAUUCAACCGUCCCAACUGCGAGCGAAGUUCGGGGCGAAAACGGCGGACAAUCACAAGUGGAAUUGUUGCGGAUUGUCAAUUAAGUGCUCACGACUUAGUGCGAUCACUAUUUGAAUGCAAACAUAAAUAUAUCUUUAACUACAGCAAUCUACAUACCAAUAACUUGGUAUAAUUACAAUAUAGUUACAUAAUAUUUACGUGACGACGUUAUAAUAAGACGAAUUAUGAUAAUAAUUCAAUUGAAAUUAAUUUUUUUUUAAACUGAAAUAAAAGGCUUCAUGAACUAUAGUUGUACCGUUGGAAAAACGAAAGCUCAAUAAAUUUCAGAUCAUCA